CACGGUGGCACUAACUUUGGUCGCUCGAGUGGUGGACCUUUCAUUACAACAACCUAUGGUUGAUGAGUAUGGCCUUCUGAGGCAACCGAAAUGGGGUCACUUGAAAGAUGCACACAAGGCUAUAAAACUUUGUGAAGAGGCAAUGGUGGAAACUGAUCCAAAAACCACAUCUCUUGGUUCAAAUUUGGAGGCUACUGUAUAUAAAACAGAAUCAGGAAGUGUGCUGCUUUUCUUGCAAAUGUUGACACACAAUCGGAAUAAAAUAAAGGGCAGCCUUUUCUUACUUGACAUAGUUAUUUAAAAUCCUCGAUCUUUAUUAGUGCAUAGAAUGCGAAGUGAUAUAUACAGCUGGCUAUUAAUAUGGAGUAGGAGUUUUCAUGAAGGAGCAGCCAUAGCCCAUAGCCAUUAUAGCCACUGUGCUUGGCUUUCUCCCUCCAACACAAAUUAAGAAGAUUACAUACAUAUGCUACCAAAAGAGACUAAUCUCAUCUUAAACAAACAAUCUUUUGUUUAACUUACCUAGCUCUCUUUUUUUUACGGCAUUGACUUUGAUUAAAUAACUAUUAACUUCAAGUUGAUAAUAUAUAUAUGAGGAGUAAAGAUGGUGCAAGCAGACUUCCUUUACGGACAUUGCGGAAAGUGGAAACAUGAUCCAGUCUUGUUGCCAAACGCAUCGGCAAGUUGCACAUAUUCAACCAUAAAAAUAUGUGUGAACUGUGAAGAAGGAGAAACGUUUGAUCGCCAAUUCUUCCGUCCUCACCACAGAUAUGCAUGCUGUAAUGCUCCUACUCUGACUUCUUCUAUGGCCGCCGCCGCCAGAGGGAGGGAAAGAGGGGCAGCCCUAAUUUUCACCUGCUCAAGAUGGCUGGGUCUUAGAAUUCAAGACAUUCAAUUGGUGGGAUGCUUAUGUCUAAUUACUACAUUCAGAAUCAAGUCACUUAUGUGCGUUACUAGUGUGGGUGUUGGAUUUUGCAUAAAUUUCCAACUUUGAAUCAACAAAUUUACCAGAUUCUAGUAUGGAAUAUAUAAUGAACGAGAUCGUUUUUUUUA